AUAUUACGGAUUUGAACCCUGCAAAAUCUACCGAGCUGGACCUGUGCCGGACAUCCCACGAAAUUCAGUUCUGGUUGCGGGCCUGGAUUAAAGAAAACCUCAAUGCUACCGUGAAGAAACGGAUACUACAAAUUAGUAAUAACCGUAAUCCCAGAUAGCGGACAGAAUAGCACUUGGCUUUCCUUCAUUUCCUGUCGCCCGACGAGCUUGGGGGUUUUUACUAUUGACUUAUUACUAAGGCCGUUUGCCUGUCUGAACCAGACUAUUUUGUCUCCGGUAGUUGCAUCAGACAGCGACAUAGACAGCUAGCAACUUCUCGUAGGCGCGUGAGAGCAAACCGGGGUCGUGAGGUCUUGUUACGCCCUGUCACAAAGCCAAUAGGAAACGUGGCUUCAUUGUCCGAAGAUUUUGAUUGGUCGAACCCGGCUUGCGGAGUCACCCAUUUAUUUUCGCUAUGUAAAAAGUAAUUUCCUGAUCUAUUUCUUCGGAAAGUGCCGGCAGUUGGAGAUCCUCGGGUAUCAGAUACUACGUUGACGUUAUGGAUUCCAGUAGACAGGCGGAUUGUUCCAACGGCUUUCAGGAGCUAUUUAAGUCCUUCGCGACAGAUGCCAUCCAUGUGGGUCAGGAGCCGGAGCAGUGGAAUUCGAUGGCCGUGGUGCCCCCCAUAUCGCUCUCCACCACGUUUAAACAGCACGGACCCGGAGACCAUGCGGGUUUUGAGUACAGUCGAAGUGGAAACCCAACACGGAACUGUCUUGAGAGAGCAGUUGCUGCAUUAGAUGGUGCAAAGUAUUGUCUUUCCUUUGCCUCGGGACUGGCUGCAACAAUGAACAUCACACACAUGCUGAAGGCUAAUGAUGGCAUCGUGUGUAUGAAUGAUGUCUAUGGAGGAACAAACCGAUAUUUCAGCAGAGUUGCUGCAGAAGUUGGCCUCAGUGUGUCAUUCGCUGACUGCACGCAGCUUGACGUUCUGAGGAAUGCCCUCAAGCCAAAUACAAAGCUGCUCUGGAUUGAGACUCCGACAAACCCGAUGAUGAAAGUGGUGGACAUCGAGGCCUGCUCUAAGAUUGCUCAUGAAUACAGCAAGGACAUUAUCGUGGUGGUGGACAACACGUUCAUGUCAUCUUACUUUCAGCGCCCCCUAGCACUUGGAGCCGAUAUCUGCAUGUACUCUGCCACCAAGUACAUGAAUGGCCACAGCGAUGUUGUUAUGGGGCUUGCGUCGGUAAAUCGUGACGACCUGUACGAGCGUCUGAAAUAUUUGCAAAAUGCCAUUGGCGCAGUCCCUUCCCCCUUCGACUGCUACCUGUGUAACCGCGGGCUGAAGACCCUUCACCUGCGCAUGCAGCAGCACUUCAGGAACGGCAUGGCAGCAGCCCGGUUCUUAGAGGCCGACCCGCGAGUGGAGAAGGUUAUAUUUCCAGGGCUGCCUUCCCACCCCCAGCACGAGCUGAUGAAGAAGCAAUGCACCGGCUGUCCUGGCAUGAUCACCUUCUACAUCAAGGGCACCUUGGAGCACGCCACCGCCUUCCUCCGCAACCUCAAGCUGUUUUCCCUCGCUGAGAGUCUUGGGGGUUACGAAAGCCUUGCAGAGCACCCUGCGAUCAUGACGCACGCCUCAGUGCCUGAGGGUGACCGGGCCCUUCUGGGCAUCAGUGACACACUCAUCCGCCUGUCCGUGGGACUGGAGGAUGAGGAGGACAUCAUUAGGGACCUGGACUACGCUCUCAGUAAAGCCCAUCCUCAGGCAAAAUAGGAUCUUCGCAAUCUUUGUCCAUCAGUCAACUUUUACGACAGCAGUUAAACCAAUUGGCCCCAAGACUGCAUCAUAAUACUCUAAUUGGUACAUUUUAAUAUCAGAGAACAAUGUUGUAUCUCUCUGAAAUAAGAAAUAUGUAAUUAAUAUUUCAAAAUGUAAAAUAUUUUAAUGAGCUGAUUGUGGGUAUUUUAUAAAUUAAAUUCUGCACACUUGC